AUGCCUCUCCAAAAGCUCUCAGCACUCAUUGAUGCCAUCUGCAAUUUUGUCAUUUGCAAUGACUCCUCCCUCCGCAGCCAGCCGAUCAUCUUCAAUCCUGACUUCUUCGUGGAAAAGCUGCGCCAUGAAAAACCAGAGGUGUUCACAGAGCUCGUUGUCAGCAACAUUACCAGGCUCAUUGACUUGCCUGGGGCAGAGCUGGCCCAGCUUAUGGGAGAGGAGGACCCAAAGCUGCCUGGGGCAAACAGCACAGCCUCUGGAUUUUUUCGUUCUCUGAUGUCUCUGAAGCGCAAGGAGAAAGGGGUGGUGUUUGGCUCGCCACUGACAGAAGAAGGCAUCGCACAGGUCUCCCAGCUAAUCGAGUACCUGCACAAAAAUCUAAGAGCAGAAGGCUUGUUUCGGGUGCCAGGCAACAGCAUCAGGCAACAGAUCCUAAAGGAUGCUCUGAACAGUGGUACUGAUAUUGACCUGGACUCUGGGGAGUUUCAUUCCAACGAUGUGGCCACCCUGCUUAAGAUGUUCCUGGGUGAAUUGCCAGAGCCCCUGCUGACACACAAGCACUUCCAUGCCCACCUCAAAAUUGCAGACUUGACACUGUUUGAUGAGAAGGGGAAUAAGACCAGCACUCCAGACAAAGAGCGUCAAAUCGAAGCCCUGCAGCUGCUGUUUUUGAUCCUUCCCGCGCCCAACCGCAGUCUGCUCAAACUGCUGCUGGACUUGCUCUACCAGACCGCCAAAAAGCAGGACAAGAACAAGAUGUCUGCCCACAAUCUUGCCCUCAUGUUUGCACCCCACAUCCUGUGGCCCAGAAAUGUGACAGCAAAUGACCUUCAGGAGAAUAUCACAAAGCUAAACAAUGGAGUGACCUUCAUGAUCAAACACUCUCAGAAACUCUUCAAGGCGCCAGCGUACAUCCGGGAGUGUGCCAGGCUGCACUACCUGGGAUCCAGAGCCCACACAUCAAAGGACGACCUGGAUUUGCUCACAUCUCCUGGCUCCAAGGAGUUGCAGCCCCUCAAGUCUCAGAAGCGAAGCCGACUGGACACUUGCCAUCAGGAGGAGACCCAGCAGCGCACAGAGGAGGCACUGAAGGAGCUCUUCCGCCAUGUCCACAAUAUGCCUGACUCCGCAAAGAAGAAGAAGCUCAUCCGGCAGUUUAAUAAGCAUCCUACAGCUCUCACUCCUGGCUCUGAUGUACCCACAUCCCCAGCACCACGACGCACCCGCUCACGCUCCUUCAGCGGCCUCAUUAAGCGAAAAGUUUUGGGAACCCCAGUUAUCCUGGAGAGGAAGAGCAGGGAUGACACGCCAGAGCCUGAGCGAGUCAGCAAAGAGAAUGUCCACCUGUUACAGAAAUGUGGAUCUCCAGCUCACGUGUCCCAAGUGAAGUUGAAAUCUUUGGAGGGCCGGAAAGAGGAAUCCUGUAGACGCAUGCGAGCCCACCUGCUUUCCAAGGAUUCAUCAUCCCUCUGAACUGCCUCGCACCAACGCAUGGGUGGGGAAUGCCCAGCCUCGCAAGCUGUGAAUAUUGUGCUGCACCAAAAGGGAGGGGAGUGCUGCAGGCUCACGGCAACCCUCACCAACACGGCAGCGCUCUUGAAACUGGACCUUUGCAAAGACUGCAGGGACUUGUUUCUUUCUGUAUAUAAAUUAUAUUUCAUUCUACUAUGGGGCAAACCACUAUCUAACCAAAACUUGUGUGGCAUGUCUGACCUGCUGGCUCUGGGAAGAGCUGGAGUGCUUGCUUACAAGGAGAGCCCUGUGCAUUGCAGGGCCCUGUGCGCACUCUCAGCUUUCUGUGCAACGUUGCUAGGCUGUAUUUUUUGCUUUUGUGCUCUCAGUUUUUAACACAUGGGCUUCUUUUUGCUCCCUCACCUCUGUGAGCAGUGAGAAUGAUAGACUCCAGCCUUCACUUGUAUCCUGACAGCUAACCUUAUGCCCAGGCCUCCUCUGGAGCCAUGCCGUCUUCUGCUUCCUCUGGGCUCCGUUUUGCCCUGCUCUCCCCAAAAAGGGCUGGAGUGCACAAAUGGUACAGAGCACAGGAUGGGCCUGGGAGAAAAGGAGAGGUUCUGGGUGCUAUCAUUUCAAGUGGGGCCAGGGGAAAGCAGCUUCCCCAAUAAAUUCAUCCCUCUGUUUCAGCUUGAGCUGGAGGGCAGCCCUUGCUCACUGUCUUCACAUUUCUGUG